UGUCCGAGAGACGAGUGUGCUGAUUUGUAGUAGGAUUUAGUAGCAUUCCGAUGAUAUUACGGCGGCUGACAUCAGAAACGGGCCUAAGACGUUGUACCGAUAUGACGAAUCGAUCACAGGCUAUCGGUUCGACGAGUGAACGCUCAACAGCUAGGCUACCCCACCGCCUCACAGACUAAGCCUUGUGCGCUCGAAGUGUUGAUGUAAAGAUCAAUUAUUGUACCGAUGUGUUCCUUCCUUGGUUUCUCACUCCAAACACCUCAGUUGGCAAUGAAUUCUGUUAUUAAUGCAUAUGCGAUGCUAUGUUUGAGAUUUGAACCUUAUAACCAGAGUAAAUGAUGGUCUCUAGAUCAUAUUUCGACAGAUCUGUCAAAAGUUCUAGAAAAAACGGAAUACAGUUGGCACUGUUGCUGCGAUCCAUCUGACCGCGGGCAUCCGCAAGCGGGCUUGUCAAACGUGACAAAUGAUCUGUAUGCUAUCUAAUUCAAUUUUCCAUGCAUUAUUAAUCGAAUACUCACAUCUGAUUGCGAACCGAUAGCAAUCAGACUAGACAGUCCUGCCCUUCCGUCCAAGUCUCCAAACAGAUGUGACUAACGGACUUCUAUGACAUUUAGCCAAUACUGAGCGUGUUGUAGGAACAAGGAAAUGUUUUCACGCGCUGCAAAUCCAAUCCGCUUUCUGCGCGAGGCUUGGGGCUAGAAGCGUGCAACCGAUGAGGGCCCAAACAGUUCCCGGGUUGAUUGGCAAACAUCACGCCAUCUACCUCGCUGGACAAGUCAUUAUAAGGCAAUCAGCACGACCAAACUGAUUUACUUAUUCCACCGAAUGUUACUGCAGUAACAGUUCCAGGGACAGGCGUUCUGAUGUGUAAACUGCAGCCAUCUUGGAUCGAUAAAUUGACUUGUGGGUGGAGUGGAAAAGGGGACAGAAGGCCGGUCAAGGGUACACGGAGCUAGGGGCAGAGCCCUGCACAGGCCAGACCGACCCCUAGGGAUGCACAUGAAGGACCUACUGUCGUUUGUGAAAACGUGAUCAUUACCGCAGAUUAGAUAGGAAAUCCAUACACAGCUACCGUUUUGUUCCGCAAGGUUUCUUCUGUCAAAUCCAGAAAGAAAUUUGUGAAACGGAUUCCGCUGAGCAGCAGACGACACGAAGCCAGUAGAAAGCAGGCGAUCAUGACGGUGGCGGGAAAGCGUUCGGAGUCUGGGCAGCAGUGCUGACGUUCUUCAAUCGAUAUCUACAAUGACACCAAGAUAUGAUGGCACAGAUUAGCUAUAUUAGGCCAAAGCGUGCUCGGGAUUAAGACCAGUCCUUACAUAUCGUCUGCUCAGUAGGGGAAACCCUCGUGGCUGAUAAACAGACGACACAAGGGGUCCACGCGGAAAGAAUGCAGUCGGCGAUUCGGACAGGCGAGAGAGUCUUUCAUCAUGGCCACGAGCCAUCUGACAAUAGAUUCUGACUUUCAAUGUGUCAAACUUGCUGUACUUGGCGCGCCGGGAGUUGGCAAGAGUUCUAUUAUUCGACAAUUUGUGUGCAACCAGUUCGCCGAGGAUUACAUUCCUACAGAGCAGAAGGAAGUCUUUUGUCCAUCUGUAAUCAUCAACGACCACCUGUAUGAACUGAAGAUAAUCGACUGUCCAUACAUUCCUUACUUCCCAGUCAAUUCUUUGUACGAGUGGACAGACUUCCGCGGAUAUGGCCUCCGAAACGCCACCGCCUACAUCCUUGUCUACGACAUCACUUCCGAAGAAAGCUUCCAAUACAUCAAGACUCUCAGGGAUCAGAUCCUUGAGAGCAGGGACAUGCACGAUGUCCCCAUCUUCGUGGUUGGGAACAAGCAUGACUUGGCUGAGGAAAGAGGGAUGCCACGAAGAGAGGUGGCUAACCUCGUUAAGAAACAAUGGAAAUGUGGCUACGUCGAGUGUUCCGCAAAAUUUAACUGGCAUAUUAUUCUUAUGUUUAAAGAACUCAUGAAAGCUGUGGAUUAUAUAGACUACGGUCACAAACCAACAGCCGCCCGGGUUCAAGAUGCUCUUAGAAGGAACCGAUGCUUGAUAUUGUGACGUCGAAUUGUUGUGUAACUUUGGAAAUGCAUGAUCGACUCGUGGUAAAUGUGGGAUAUUACUAAAUAUCCUCCUCUGGAAAGGAUUAAAGAGACAAUGCCCUGUCCUUAAUCGUGAGUACCGCCAGCAUACUCAAUGACGCUUCACAAACAAGGGCGUAUUGUGAACUAACCAAGGUUUAAAGAUCACUGUAACUGUAAGAAGAACAAGGUCAUUUUGUACAUGCCUAACGAGAACAUGGCCAGCAACAUUCGUAUCAGUAUGCUUCAUCCAAUCAGUAGAUUACAUUUUAGCAAUAUUACCAUAUACGAAUCCUAACAGAGUAGAAGCAAUCUGAUAUUCCUAGUUCAUACGAUCAAUAGGUUAGUAUAGAAAACAUACAACGGCGAACGAACAUCUGUUUUUUAUACCACUUUGUAAUAUCUUUAAGUGGUAACGAUCCCUGUGCAUGCUAACUCCACUCAACAAAUGCUCAAUUCGCCAGUGGUAGGAAGACGCAUAAAUGUACAAAGGAGACAGCUGUUUCUUUUGUAUGUUAUAACCCGAUAAUAUGUAAUAAAAUAGAUGUGUAGCUUUGUAUGUAGAUAAUUAGUCACCUGGAAUGUAGUGGAAAGAAAAAUCUUGCCAGAAACAAUAAAAUGGUUAACGAAAGUGUU